UCAGGAGCAGGGAGAGGGGAAAUAGGCAAAGAUUGAGAUUAGAACAGAACAGACACGUCUCAGGCAACAUUACUGCCAGCAUCAGGGGGCCAGGGAGGGAAAUAAAGUGACAUAUUACAUGUGUUCAUUUGCAUAGCCACGCCCCGAAUCUUUUAAUCUCUGCAGUGCUUGCACUGGAUGCUAUUUGGGAGGCUGGAUCAGGCUGCUGGAGGCUGUGUGUGGGGAAGGCAGGCAGGACCUAAUCUGCUUUAACAUCAGAGUGAGCCAGCCACACGACUUGGGACAGGGAGCUCGCAGUAAGGGCUGUAAGACUUCUAGCCCCAGCACCCUCUGGUUAACAGACGUGAUCUAGCUGUGGUCACUGGAUUACUUUCUCUAGAUUCCCUGCAGUUUGUGGAUAAUAUGUCUUUUUCGUACAUUGGUGAACACUACGGGAGAUCCAAUAGGGAAGAUGCCUCAUUGCUAUAAAGGAUUGAGGAUCGAGCUGGGGAUCAGCCGGUGGGGAGCACAGGAUUCUGCGGGACAGCACCCACAGACUCUUGGUUUACUGGGCUCGGGACAGCCGCACAGAGCUGGAUUGUGCCAAUGAGAAGCACACACAGGAUUCCAAAAGUUUGAUUUUUCUUAUGUUUGUGGAUCAUAACUGGAAUUAUGCGGAGUGCUUGGAGAGGACAGAAAGACCUAAAAAGGCCAUUCAGCUGGAAGUUAACAGAUGAACGGAGAGCAACUGUGCAAACUGAGAGAAGCCACAUCUAACAACACAACAGUCAUCCUUUCCCAGAGCUGUAAAAAAUCCAAGAAACUCUGCCAAAAUCCUACACCCUUUCAGUGACUUGAAAUAGUCUUCCCUCGAAAAAGAGGGUUAUUACUCAACAUUGCAGUUUAUAUUGAUUGGAGUAGAUAAGUUUGCAAUCCUGGCUAAUGAGACUGCUGCAUCCCCGUCGAUGGCAGGAGACAUGCCAUUAUAGUAAAAUUACUGUACCUUUAUCUGUAAGGAUAUCACUUAUUAGCAGACGGCUGGACAGAAGCACGUUAAAUGCUAAGAUUUGCACUCUUUGUUUGUUUGGUCAAUUUCUCAUAUUGUUAAGGGCCUUUUGUUUUUUGGAAACCAGAAAUGGGCCUACAGACAUUAUUUUGGCCCAGAGACUGGGUGUCAUUCUUAAAAUCCUGGAUUCUGUUUGCACUUGGACUUUCUCUACAGUUUCCACAAUCCUUGGCAUGUCCAAGUGUGUGCCGCUGUGACCGGAACUUUGUUUACUGUAAUGAGCGGAGUUUGACCUCAGUGCCUCUUGGAAUACCGGAGGGUGUAACCGUGCUCUACCUCCACAAUAACCAAAUUAAUAAUGCUGGAUUCCCUGCGGAACUGCACAAUGUCCAGUCAGUGCACACGGUUUACUUAUAUGGCAACCAGUUGGACGAGUUUCCAAUGAACCUUCCUAAGAAUGUUAGGGUGCUCCACCUCCAGGAAAAUAAUAUCCAAACCAUUUCAAGAGUAGCACUAGCUCAGCUUCUGAAGCUGGAAGAACUGCACUUAGAUGAUAAUUCUAUCUCAACUGUAGGGGUGGAAGAUGGAGCAUUUCGAGAAGCAAUUAGCCUAAAAUUGUUAUUUCUGUCAAAAAACCACUUAAGCAGUGUUCCAGUAGGCCUUCCAUUAGGUUUACAAGAGUUACGGUUAGAUGAAAAUCGAAUUGCUAUAAUUUCGGACCAGGCAUUCCAAAAUCUUACACAUUUGGAGCGAUUAAUCUUAGAUGGCAAUCUGCUCAGCAACAAAGGAAUAGCAGAUGGCACAUUUAGUCAUCUACCCAAACUUAAGGAGUUUUCAAUGGUACGUAACACUUUGACCAGUCCACCCACUGAUCUCCAAGGCACCUAUCUGGUAAAGCUGAACCUGCAGGAUAACCAAAUCAACCACAUACCAGUAACAGCUUUUGCCAAUCUGCACAAGCUCGAGAGAUUAGAUAUUUCCAAUAAUCGUCUUCAAGGGUUAACACAAGGAGUCUUUGAUAACCUCAGUAACCUGAAACAGUUGACUGCACGAAAUAACCCCUGGUUUUGUGAUUGCAGCAUUAGGUGGGUUACAGAAUGGCUUAAAUCUCUUCCAGCAGCGAUAAAUGUCCGUGCUUUCAUGUGCCAGGCCCCUGAACAGGUUCGUGGAAUGGCUGUCAGGGAACUGAAUGUUAAUCUGUUAUCAUGUCCAACUACCACCCCAGGUUUGCCAUCUGUUACACAUGCUCCUCCAACAAUAGCUCCAACUACAUUUCUCCCAACAACUUUUGUCCCUCUGCCCACAGAAAUAACUACAAUCCCAACUCCGACAGCAUCAAUAGCCCCUACUGUGCCUGAUGUGGAGGUAAUCAUUGAUAAGGUGACACCUCCAAUACGAGAGAGACUUCAACUCUUCAUUCACUUUGUAAAUGACACCUGCAUCCAGGUCAGCUGGCUGUCCUUUAUUUCAGUGAUUUCCUAUAAGCUUACUUGGGUUAAGCUGGGACACAGUCUGGUUGGGGGUAUUGUCCAAGAGCGGAUUGUUAGUGGAGAGAAGGAACAUUUGAGUCUUGUUAAUUUAGAACCUAAGUCAACAUAUAGGAUUUGUUUAGCUCCUCUGGAUGCUUUUAAUAACUAUCGAGCAGGUGAAGAAACUGUCUGUGCAGAGGCAACCACUAAAGCCUCUCUCUUAAAUGGAAGCAACAGCCCAUCCAGCCAUGAACAGCCUACAACGCAGAGCUUAGGUUCUCCAUUUCUACUGGCGGGGUUAAUUGGGGGGGCUGUCAUUAUUGUACUUGUUCUACUUCUCAGUAUUUUCUGUUGGCAUAUGCACAAAAAAGGUCGCUACACAUCUCAGAAGUGGAAAUAUAACCGGGGUCGUCGGAAAGAUGACUACUGUGAAGCGGGCACCAAGAAGGACAACUCCAUUCUGGAGAUGACGGAAACAAGCUUCCAGAUUGUCUCCUUAAACAAUGACCAGCUCCUUAAAGGAGGUUUCAGACUGCAGCCAAUUUAUGCCCCAAAUGGGGGCAUUGGUUACACAGACUGUCACAUCCCCAAUAACCUGAGAUACAACAGCAGUGUUCCAGACUUGGAACACUGUCAUACGUGAUAACGUUCAAUUUUGGACACAGGUAGAUGCCAAGCUACAAAAUAAAGACUAAUGCAAAUUUGCGAAUAUGACAAACAAAGACACAAAAAUUACAUUUGAUAAAUGUUAGCAGAUGCAUUUGUGCAUCAGAAUACUCUGUAAUUUAUACAAUGUACUAUAUAAUGGAAUUUAAAAAAAGUGCUAUCUUUUCUAUUUCCAGUCCAUUGCAAACAGUUUUGUAACUCUUUGCUUUUUAAAUCUUUAAAAAAAUGCCUAAGUACUGUACAGGGUUGUACAAUAAUAACCCAUUUGCCAUGAUAAAAAAAACAAGCCUGCUGUGUUUCUUUUUGUAUGAAACCCUUAUCUUCUUUUAGUUAUGUGAUUAAAUGGCAAUAAUUCAAUAUUCUAGACAACAUUUUCAAAUGCAAGUUAUUAAUUGUGUUUCUAGUUGAAAAAGAAAUUAAUUAUAGACAUAUGCUAGUUUUUUUUCAGUUUGUUAAAGGGCCAAACUUAAGUGAAAAAUAGAUCAUUAUUACAGAUUAGAAAGAAGCAUUAUGGUAUGUUUGAAAGCUUGGUCUUAAUCAACUUCUUUAUAUCCAAAUCAUUUAUGAUGUAAGAAAUCUUCUGUUUCUCUUUGUAUAACAAAGCAUUACAUUGCUUUCACUUAUUUGACAGAGAAAGGUACUUUGAAGAAGUCGGAAAAAAAAAUAGGAAUAAAUUUAGAGAGAAAUUAUAGAGGAAAUAGUUGAACUCCCCAUAUUCAUUACCAGUGCUGAUUCCAGUGCUUAUGAAGAAGCCGUUGCACAUAGGGUCACCACCUCAGCAAUAUUUUCCUGGACACUUAUAAGUUACACAUGCUGCAGGGUGUGCAGAGGGGAAUAUGAAUUGUACCUCUGGAAAGCACACGAAUAGUGAUCCUAGACAGCAUCUAUUCAUGUUCCUCCCUGCAUACCCUCCAGCAUGUGUAACUCAUAAGUAUUCAUGAAAACAUGGCUGAGGUGGCGACCCUAAUUGCACAUGCUCUUAAAUGAGAACAAGGCACAUGCACAGUACCUGUACAACUCUUAAAUGAGAGCAAGGCACAUGCACAGUACCUGUACAACUCUUAAAUGAGAGCAAGGCACAUGCACAGUACCUGUACAACUCUUAAAUGAGAACAAGGCACAUGCACAGUACCUGCACAACUCUUAAAUGAGAGCAAGGCACAUGCACAGUACCCGCACACCAAUCAGCUGCUUUAUAUGUUUAGAGAGUUGUGCUGAAGGAGCUGAUCUACAGAUCAUGUAAACAUCUAAGCUGUUUUUUAUUAUUAUAUAUUUAUAAUAAUUUGUUUAAAACGGUCUUUGAUGUUUACCUUAUCCUCAGAUCAGCUCCUAUUAUUUAUAUACAUAUAUAUUUGUGUGUGUGUAUAUAUAUAUAUAUAUAUAUAUACACACACAAAUAUAUAUGUAUGUAUAUAUGUCUAUCACAGUUUUGAAUCAUAUUUGCACUGUAAUGUUCCAUUUAAAUCCAGUCCUGUGUGCAGCCAUUUGACAUUUCUUAGGCAUGUCAUGACCAUACACAGACACAAGAGUAACUUGAAAAUGACCUGCACUAAAGCAACAUGAACAUAUAAACCACCAAUUAUUGCUGCAAGUAUGCAAGUAUUAGUACACAGCUUCUUGCUGCCUUCUCUGGCAGAAAUGUAGUUUCAUCCUUUGUUUUUUCUCUUUCAAAGUAGCAUCAUGUCCCCAGUCCUUACUGCAAAGGUAAUAACCCUCUACUGUGUAUAUUGUACAAAACAUGAGUUAUUUUAUUCACUCUCAGGUUCCAGAAGCAGUCAUUUUUGUGCAGGUGUGCAUCAUUAUUUUGAUUACUCCCACCAGUGUACUUAAAGGGACAGUCAAAAUUAAACUUAAAUUAAUUAUAUAAAACAUUGUAUUUUAAACAACUUCCCAAUUUUCUUCUAUUGUCAAUUUUGCUUAGUUCACUUGGUAUGCUUUGUUGAAGAGUAAUCUUAAUGGAGCCCAGGACAGAGAGUGCAUGUGUCUUAAAGGGAUAGUAAACCCAAAUAUUUUCUUUCAUGAUUCAGAUAGAGCUUGCACUUUUAAGCAACUUUCUAAUUUACUCCUAUUAUCAAUUGUUCUUCAUUCUCUUGGUAUCUUUAUUUGAAAAGGCAGGAAUGAAUUCUUUGGAGCCGAACUAUUUUUGGUUCAGUACCCUGGAUAUGACUUUCUGAUUGGUGGCUACAUUAAGCCAUCCAAUCAGAAAGCACAACCCAGGUUCUGAACCUAAAAUAGGCCGGCCCCAAAGCUUUUAUUCCUGCUUUUAAAAUAAAGAUAAAUAGAGAACAAAGAAAAACGGAUAAUAUGAGUAAAUUGGGUUUAGUAUCGCUUUAAGCCAUCUGGCAGGAGUGUUUGCAGCAUUGUUUAUAACAAUGUUAUAGAAUGUAGCAAACAAAGCAAGUUUGAUAAUGGAAUUAAAUUGGAAAGUUGUUUAAAGUUGCAUGCUCUAUCUGAAUCAUGAACAUUUAAUUUUUUACUGUCACUUUAAGGGACACAAUACUGUACCUUUCCCCCUAAUGUGUUCCCAACGACUUAUUAUAAGCACAUAUGCUGUGAGGGUAAACAUGUUUCUAUUUAAAUCUGAAAUGCAAUCAUUCACAUUUAAAUGUUGACCUUUCAGUCACUUUAAUUAUUUACUACUUAAAGGGACAGUAUACACCAAUUUUCAUAUAACUGCAUGUAAUAGGCACUACUUUAAAGAAGAAUAUGCACAGAUACUGAUAUAAAAACUUACUUAGAAGCUACAAGUUUAGCACUGUUGAUGAGGUAGUCUGGAACACCCAGUGAAAGGGGCUGGGAGCAGACACUCCCCCCUACCCCUUCUCUGCAUAUGAAAAGACAGAUUAGACAAACAGAAGCUAGCAGUAGUCUGUAAAUGUGUGUAUACAUUUGACACUGUGGGGCUUGGUUAGAAGUCUGAAAAUCAGUGCAAUGUUAUUGAAAAGUAAGCAAAACUAAAUAUUGUUCUAAAAACAUUGCCAGAUGGACUAUAUAAAUGGAUCAUCUACAAAACAUUUAUGCAAAGAAAAAUCUGGUGUACAAUGUCCCUUUAAUGCCAGACAUUAUUUAUUAGCAAAAGCAUGAAAACAGUGAUUAUCCCUUUCUGUAAGGUAGAUUUAGACCAGUUAUAAACCAUUUUUAUGGGAGCUUUAAAACGUCAUGAAACUUUCCUAAGUUAGGUUUCUUUAAAUCAAGGUUUACUAAGUCCCGGCUAAAAAAACGGAUGCUUACUACACAAAAAUAUGUUUUUAAAACUUAUUGCAGACCCUGUAAAUUAUCUUUUAUGCCUGAUGGCUCAUUAAAGAGAGUAACUUGCCUAAGGUUAGUAAGAGGUAACACACGAAAAUCAAAGAUGGAUUUAUGACCGUCAGCAGUAACUGUCAAUCACUGUUCUACACUUCCAUAUUACCAAGAGCCGCUACAAAUCAGCCAUCUGUGCAAUAUUGAUAACACAUACUUGCAUCUGUGUUAAUCUACGCCCCGAAAAAAUCAUCCUGAGUUUUAUUUUUCUAUUUUUAAAUGUGGCAAAUCUCUUUAGGAGUUGGGGGUUAAAUCUGUUUAAAUUUUAGACAUUUAAAAGAGGAGGGUAAUGUGCCAUGUUUUAGAAUAAUAUUGAAUACGCUACUUUUUUUUGCUGAUUUUAUCAAUUUUUCCCCCCUCCUGUAGCCAAUUAGCAAAUUGCUUCCCAUAGCUGAGUAGUCACAGUAUUACACCGUCACACAUGAUGCAUAUCUCUUCCAGUGUUAUUUGAUGGUUUAAACGAAGCCAUUUUACUUAAUUGGUGAAAGGUAAUCUAUAAAAACACAAGCAAAUAAAAACACCAUAGGGGAAAAAAUCAGUAACUCUUUUAGCGCUGAAGCAUUUCUCACCCAUAAGCUGAACUUGUUUUAUUGAAUUUAAUGAUUACGCUCAAGAAAUCUCUAUUUUGCAAAAGCAUCUUACAAUAACCAAAAACUGCAGCCACAAUGUUUUUUUUUUGUUUGUUUUUUUGAGUGCACAUAGUAUAUAAGAUUGUGAGAAAUAAUAAUUAUUUUUUUAAUUUUGCAAACACUUUAUGGUUCCAAAUAAGCAUCAUGACAUCUACCAAAAAACAGUGUUUGGGAUUCUAUAACCAUGUUUUCUAAUAAAAAUUAAUAAUUGGAAA